AUGGAAUCCAAAAUUACUCCUGAAUUCGCCACCUCCUUUAAACCUAAUUAUUUUUUUGAUGACAAAAAUAACGUGCCUACACGAAAUUGGAAUAAUAAGACUUGGCAUAUCAUUGCCGAAGUAAAUGUUUCUUUUACCAAAGACGUGUUUUGGGAAGUUAUUAAUCGCUGGACGAAAGAAGCACACUUGGUAAUUCCACCUAUACAAUCUGUCGAAAUUUUGAGUGAUGUGGAAACAGACUUUCAGAACAGAUUUUUGGAUAUUCAUCAAACAGAACAUGAACAAGAAUUUCAAGAUUUAUUAAAAGUUACUCCAGUAAGAAGUAUAAAGAGAAAAUUGAUUCCCAAAAGAAAGAAUAAAGAUGAAGAAUUAGAAGAAUUGGUAGAAUAUUAUAUGACAAAAAAUGUGAAUGUCAAAACUUUAUUAGAAAGUCGAGUAGUUUAUACGCCUAUUAUUGAAUGUUCUCAAGAAGAAUCUGUUAAAGUUUCCUGUAUUAGUUAUUUAUUUGCAGAAUAUAACAACCCAGGAGACAACUAUCAAUCAUAUAUAAGAAUCGAAAUUAUUCCUUUAAAUUCACCAACAUCCAAAAAUUCGCUUGAAAUUACUGAAAAAAUGAAAUAUGCAUAUCAACUACUUUUUAAAAAAUUAUUUAAAUGGUGCCAAAAUACAGAGAAAGGUUACCAAAAAAGAGUUCAUCAUGAUUUAUUGAUUCCAAAAGAAAUAUAUUUGGAAACGUAUCAAAAAGUUAAAUUAAAAUAUGCUGAUGAAUUGGUUAAAAAUUGGUCAGAAAAAACAGAUCCUGUAAAAUUUGUAUUUGAGGAUAUUGCAAUUGCAAGUUGGUUGAUUUCUUUGUGGGAAUUAGAAAGAAAAGAGAAUGGACAAAAUAAAUUACAGUCUUUUGUUGAUUUGGGAUGUGGAAAUGGUUUAUUAACUUAUUUAUUAUCAUCUGAAGGAUAUGAAGGAAUUGGUAUUGACAUGAAAAAAAGGAAAAUAUGGAAUAAAUUUGAAGAAAAGGGUGCAAUUCUCAAAGUUGAAACAUUACAACCAAAUAUGAUUACAUAUCCAAAAACUGAUUGGAUAAUUGGAAAUCAUGCUGAUGAACUUGUGCCUUGGAUACCUAUUAUUGCAGCAAAAUCAUCAGAAAAUACAAAAUUCAUGGUAAUCCCUUGUUGUUUUUAUGCAUUAUCUGGCACAAAAUAUUCCUUUGAAAAACAAAUAAUAAGUUCAGGUAAGUAUAAGGCAUAUCAAGAAUAUAUUCAAAAAAUUAUUGAAAAAUGUGGAUUUAUUGUAGAAUAUGAUUGGCUAAGAAUACCUAGUACCAAGAAUGUUGCAAUAAUAGGUAGAAAUAGAAUAAUAAAUCAAAGAGAUGAAUUACUCAAAAAUAUAGAUUCUGUGAUAUUAAGAAAGGAAUAA